AUGGUGAUUAAUAAAGGAAGCAGAAUAUUGCAGGUCGUUUAUAUGAGGAACUCAGUUGCAGGUUGCAGAAGCCCCAAACUUGGACUCCACUCUGAAAAGGAGGGUCUUCUUGGGAGGCUCUCGGGGUACGUGACCCCUGAGGGAGGAGCUUGGCGGACGUCCUGCAGGGCGGGAGAGGGGCUGUGUCCCCGAUCUCCGGGGCGAUCAGCUGCCAAUCCAGUGUCUUGCUUUCCUGCUCCUUGGGGCUCUUCCCACAGACUAGGGAGCCAGGAUCACUUGGGACCGAGAGCCAUCCCCACGGAAGCCGUGGUGGAGCGGGGGCAGACCUGGCAGGCAGUCCUGUGCCUGGAGGUGGGACCUGUGCGCCAGGGUCCGGCCUGGGUCCCUCGCUUCAGGGCUGUGCAGAGUGGUCUUGGGCCCCUCACCCCCGCCCCCAGGGUCAGCCCUGCCUGCAGCCCCCCAACCAGCGCCCACGGGGCGGCCGACCCCUGA